AUGAAAGUUGUGAUUUUGGUGGUGGUGCAUGUCUGGUUGGGGAGUCGAGGUCGGGAUUGGGGAGAUUGGGACGGCGAGGUCGAGAUUGGAAGGAGGAGAUGGAGCAUUGAAGUCUGGUUGAGGGUUGAGAAGCAUCUGGAUGGGGGCUGGGGGCAGAGCAAAGCUCUGAUGGUGGUGGGAGGCAAGGGCAUAGGGGAUGUGCCUGUGGCAACGAGGUUCUUAGCGGUUAUUUACGGUGGACCGAUUUAUUGUCGGUUAACCACUGCAGUGUCUGGUUAUCAAAUUCUCCUGAAAUCCCCAACGGACACCGACAUAGCCAACAUUUUGCGGUUGUCAGUUUUGGUGAAUGACCGUCGGUGUUAG